CGAUCACAUGCUCGAUCGCCUCGAGGGCAACGCCGUUGGGUUCUACGACAGCGACAACGAAGGCGGCGCGGACGAGUUCUGGAGCGAGAUCCUCGGAGCGGCGAAGAAGAAGAGGCGCGUGGGCGGUCCGAGGGUGCCCCGCGAGCCCAGGGCGCCCAAGCCCCAGAAGUCGCACAUGAUCACCGCGUACAACAGCGAUAACCAGAUGCUCAUGCGCAAGAAGAAGGUGAUCGAUCCGAGGGAGCCGAACAUCCUCAAGCUCCCCGCGCACCCCAUACCGGAGUCGUGGGGCAAGGUCAUCCGCCCGUACAGGCCCCCGAGCGAGAUCGAGGCGGAGAAGCUCGCGCUGCCCGACUGUACGCAGCACGUCAUGGACAUCGUGAAGAACUGCGAGAAGCUCACGGAUCUCGGCACCGACUUCCUCGCCGUGCACGCCAACCCCCCUUGGGCCAUAGACGAUUCCCCCGACAAGGGAAGCAUCACGGUUGAGAUGGUGGCCAAGAUCCCGUUCCAUAAGCUCGCGCCCUACGGCUUCGUGUUCAUGUGGGUGGAGAAGGAGAACCUCAGCGCCGUGUGCGACGCCAUGAUGGACCAGAAGUUCGUGUACGUGGAGAACAUGACCUGGGUGCAGAUGAUGCCCAACAACACCAUCGCCGGGGCGAGGGCGCGGUACCUCCGACGAUCGCACCGCACCAUGCUCAUGUUCCGCCGCGACGUCCGGCAGUUCCCCGAGGCGAAGGAGGUGGAACUCAGGCACCAGCGCACCGCGGACGUCACACUCGACGUGCUCCAGACCUCAUCCACGGGCAGGCGCGUCGUUCCCCAGCACGUGUACAAGGCUAUGGAGACGCUCCUGCCGGAGGCGUACAAGGCUGGGUACAAGGGGAGGCUGCUGGAGCUCUGGUCGGAACCCGGCGCGGAGGCGAGACGGUCGGGCUGGACCCUCGUGGCGGACGAAAAGGGCAAAGGAAAGAAGUGAUGGUGUGAAGUGUGGCGAAACGAUCGUGUAAUCAAGCCGUCGCGCGGCGUCGCUCGUGUCUGUACGUCGUCCGUUGUCGCGUCUGUAUUCGCGCCCCGCUCGCUCCCUUUACUUGAGCGAGGACCUCCGCUUCUUCGGAGCCGAUUCGAGGGCCUCCUUCAGCCUCCUCUCCCUCGCCGCCGCGCGGAUGCCGUGCGAGCCCCUGAGCCCACCCGGCGGCGGCGGCGGGCUCUCCGCGCGUCGCUUCGGGGUCCUGCCACUCUUUCUGGACGGGGUCGUCGCAGCGUCCCUCCCGGCCUUAACCGGGGUCCUCUUGGCGCCCUGACCCUGACCCUUGACGCCUCGGCCCCUCGGCGCCCUGAGGAACCCGAUCUUGUCCAGCGAGAUACCGCGCGUGCCCAGCGCCAGCUCCCGUUCGUCGCCGUCCUCGUACUCGAUCCUGUGCCGCCCCGUCGACGCGUCGAAUCCUGCCACGACGCCGUGAAACCACGAAGCAUCCUCCGGCCACCACACCCGAACCCGCCAGCCGACGACCGCGCCGCCGCCACCGGCCCUGAGCGCCUCGGCGACGCGCUCGACGUUCUUCUCGGCGAUCGCGGCGUCCGCCUCGUCCUGUUUCUUCUCCGCCGCGCGCUCGCGACGGAGCUUGUCGGCGCGGCGCUGCUUCGCCGUCUCCGUCGCUACAAACGCCGCUCCCCUCGCCGUCUGAAUCACCGUCCUCUUUCCCUUCCUCUCCACCGAGCGCUUGGACCGGAGGAACUCCUCGAGCUCGUGCGCGGCGAUGGCGCCCAUCUUCUUGGAGCCACGGCCGGUGCCGGCGGUCUUUU